AUGCCAUUUCAAAUUGUGGAGAGGCCUGGUUUUCUGAGGCUGAUGAAAGUUGCUGUACCACACUACAAAGUGCCAUCACGAAAAUAUUUUUCCAAAACUGAAAUACCAAAUCUGUACAACCAGGUCAAAGCUGAUGUUUUAAAAAAAUUAGCUCAAGGAACAUGGUUUGCUGCAACUACUGACCUCUGGACUAGUGAAAGUGGUGGUGGUCAACCCUACAUAAGCGUCACUAUCCAUUACCUCACUCCAGACUGGCAACUGGAAUCAAACUGCCUCGAAACUCAGUUCUUCCCAGAAGAUCACUCAGCUCAAAACAUCAGCGAGUUUUUUGAUAACAUGCUGGAAGAAUGGGGGAUCAACAAAAAAGACCUGGUCUGCAUAACCACAGACAACGCAACGAACAUGAUAAAGGCUUUUGAAGAGUUUUCAGAAGUGUGGCUUGGGUGCUUUGGCCAUAAUUUGAACCUGGCCAUCUCAAAGGCUUUGAAAAUACAGAGAGUUGAAACAGCAGUCAAGGCCUGCCGUCAUCUGGUCCAGGGCUUCUCACGGAGCUGGAAGAGAAGGCGAGAACUGAGGCAAAAACAAGCUGCCCUCAACAUGCCACAGAAGGCUCUAAUUCAUGAUGUGGUGACUCGAUGGGGAUCUACACACAAGAUGGUUGAGCGGUUCCUUAGUCAACAGCAACCAGUCUGUGCAACACUGGCUGGAGAAAGAGGAACAUGGCAUCUAAUGCCCAAGGAUACCGACAUAACUGUCAUGGAGCAACUGUGCCAGCUCCUCGAACCUCUGAGCAAGUUAACAGAUGCACUUGCCUCAGAAACACGAGUAACACUCUCAGCAAUCAAGCCUGUCCUGGACCACAUUAAUUCUGAUGUUCUGGUGGAAAAGGACACAGAUACAUCCCUGACCAAGGAGAUGAAAAAGUUAAUGAGAGAAGACCUCAAAAAUAGAUACCCAGAUAAGGCAAAGAGAGUCAUGAACAUGGCUUGUUUCAUUGACCCCCGCUUCAAACGGAGCUCUUUAGAUGAGCCUGAGGCUUCAAAAAUUGAAACUGACUGUGUCCAGGAAGCUGUGAAGCUGGCUGCACAAGUCAGGGAAGAACCACAAAGCACCUCCACCAGCAGCAGCAUCUCUACCAGCACUCCACCAGCAGCAUCGGAGGGGAAAGGCCUUGCCGGGUUGCUGAGAAAGAUUUCUUCAGUGACAAGGCAGCAAAGAGGUGAAGAGGGUCAGAUUCCAACCACUCUAGAAGACAGUGUGAAACAAGAAAUCAAAGUCUACCUGUCUCUGCCCCCAAUUCCAGCAGAAGAGGAUCCACUGGUGUGGUGGAAGGGCCAUGCAUCAGAGCUGCCUCACCUUGCCAGGGUUGCCAGGAAGCUUCUGUGCAUCCCAGCAACCAGCGUGCCAUCAGAGAGAGUGUUCAGUGCCAGUGGGCAUAUUGUCUCUCCUCAAAGAGCAUUACUUAAACCAGACAAAGUAAACAUGCUGACAUUUUUGCAUUUCAAUCUCAAGUGA